UACAAGCUGCGCUUGUAACGUUUAGUUCUUUCAACAUCGAAGCCAGUAUCAGCGCACACGAGCCAAGAUCAAGACGCUUAAGUACAAUCGCGUGUCAAUUGUCCGCGCGCGCUGCCGAAUUAAUCAUCGACGUACACUUAUAAAAGCUCGUCUGAAUUUUUACAAAAUGGAGUGAAUUUCGCGAGUGGAAGUGGUCAAUGUGGAAGUUCAAAGAGACCAACCCCGGGUGUUUUUGCCACCUUUUGGUGGCAAUCCUGAUUUUGGCAACUUGGGGACGGGGUGAAGAGAUUAGAGACUUUAUUGCCGCCAACACUUUGCCAGAUGGUGAGGUCGAGACGAGGAUUUAUUACAAGGGGGUUAGUGCGAAAGAAAUCACAGUGGGACGACGGUCCCUCAGCGACAUCAAAUUUCGUCAGGUGACAAACCGCCACCAUCUCCUCCAAUUGAUCUACAACGGCGAAGACCUGAAAGACUGCGAAAUAGUCCAUCAAAGAGACCAAGUAGUAAAGUUCCUAGAAACCUUCAAGAGCGACUUAAGAAAUCUCAUUUCUACCUCAAACAUCACAAUCGAAUCUUUAGAUAAUAAAAAAUUACCCUCCGAGAUCGCCCCUUGGUUCAAUUUCACCCUUUUGAAAAGCACCUGUAAGAAAUUGCACCACCGGAUGAAAAAAGAAGUUUUGGAGUUGAAAAAUGGCCAACAAAGUGAGAGGGGACGGCAAAAACGGUCCGUUUUGAUCGUUCCGGGUACUCUCUGGUGUGGCGAUUCUGACAAUGCUAAAAAGUACAGCCAUUUGGGGCCCAUGGCCUAUACUGAUAAGUGUUGCCGAAGACAUGACCAUUGCAAAAGAAACAUUCCGGGCUUUACCACAAAGUACAACUUUCAUAACUACUCCCCCUUUACGCUCUCGCACUGUUGGUGCGACUCAAGACAUAAACGCGACGUUUCCGAUUUAUUGAGGGUUCCUGGGACGAAAUGGUGCGGUAAAGGAUAUUCCGCUGAUAAGUACACCCGUCUUGGGGGCUUCUCGAGGACGGAUAAGUGCUGUCGAAGACACGAUCUGUCCUGCAGGUUCUGGAUCGGAGCCUUCGAGACCAAAUACGGACUCUUCAAUUGGAGGAUUAACACCAUCAUGCAUUGUAGCUGCGACGAACGUUUUCGGGCCUGCUUGAAGAUGGUGGACUCGAGCGACGCUAAUCUCGUCGGAAAGUUAUUCUUUAAUGUCGUCCAAACGAAAUGUUUCGUUAUUAAACCGAGAAAAAUAUGCGUCAAAAGCACCUGGUGGGGGCAGUGCGAGAAGUACAAGCACAUCAAGCAAGCCAUUUUGAGGGACAAUCUGCCAUAUUAGUGAUCUAGUGUAGAGUUUUGUGAUUGUAAAAUUUUAUUUUUGUACAUAAUUUUGUGCCAAAUUAGGUUAGAUUUUCUGUGGUAAUUCUACUUAAGACAAUAUUAGGACAACUGUCACUUUCGUACUAAACUGUUCAUUGUGUAAUUUAAGCCAAUAUUGUAAUUUAUUUGAAAUGUGGACGUGUAAUGAGCAAUAACUUGAAUAAAAUCAUUGUUAAAUUUA